GGACAGUAGGAGGAGCGCUGAGUGUGUGUGUGUAUUAUUAGAAUAGCGACACACACUCUUGUGCUACACUGCAAGCAUGGCUGGCGACAGUGAAACGCAUCUUAAGGGCAGAGCAGAAAACGAGCACAACAUCCGACAGCCGUUCCUGAUCGGUGUGGCUGGAGGCACCGCCAGCGGAAAGUCUUCAGUAUGUGAGAAGAUCAUGGAGCUGCUGGGACAGAAUAAGAUUGACCGUCACCAGCGGCAGGUGGUCAUCCUCAGUCAAGACAGCUUUUACAGGGAGCUCACGCCUGAACAGAAAGCCAAAGCACUCAAGGGCCAGUUCAACUUCGAUCACCCAGAUGCUUUCGACAACGAGCUGGUGAUGAAGACUCUGCGUGACAUCAUUCAGGGGCAGACCGUGCACAUCCCAGUUUAUGACUUUGUGACACAUUCCAGGAAGGCUGAGUUUGUGACUGUGUAUCCAGCAGAUGUGGUCCUCUUUGAGGGGAUUCUCAUGUUCUACUCGCAAGAGAUUCGAGAUCUGUUCCAAAUGAAGCUGUUUGUGGACACGGACCCAGACACACGCCUCUCACGAAGAGUGUUGCGGGACAUCAGCGAGAGAGGCAGAGAGCUGGAGCAGGUUCUGAACCAGUACAUCACCUUCGUGAAGCCAGCCUUUGAGGAGUUCUGUCUUCCUACCAAAAAGUAUGCAGACGUCAUCAUCCCGAGAGGAGCAGACAAUCUCGUGGCUAUUAAUCUGAUUGUGCAGCAUAUUCAGGAUAUCCUGAACGGAGGAUUCACCAAACGACAGAACGGUUUUCAGAACGGCCACGGGACCCCCAGACAGAGACGGCCGUCUGAGUCGAGUCGACCUCACUGACCUCACUGUGACCUUCCCUCCGUCGAGGAGAGGGCAGAACUGAUUGAUAACAGUGUGCAUCCCAUUCAUCCAAUGACAGUGAAGGGAUACAGGAGCUGAAAUGCCUUUGUUAUUAUCACUAUUAUUUGCAUUUGAAAUGUUGUUGUUGUGGAUAAUUGUUUGCUGUUACAGGGUUUUGAAAGUGUUAAAUGUUUUUAUUUUAUUUUUUUUUUGGAAGGUUUGAUUGCACGCUCAGCCUGUCCUGUCAGCGUGUCGAUCUGCUUUCUUAGCUACUCAGAAAAUAAAUGAAUAGUUUGGAAAGUUUUGUUUCCGACUGGAAGUAGAGACAACUUUGAUUACAGUGCUAUUUGCAUACAUACUUGAAGUCAGGGGUGCUCAGGUUGUUCUUUCCACAAAAGAGAAAAACCCUAUUCCUCAUAUUUGAGGCCCUUUUAUGUGAUUUUAAAAUGAUUGCAACAUGGUACAUUAGCAUUUUAUAUAAUUUUUGUUUUGUAGCUUUCUAGUUAAAACCUAAUGUUAUUGUGAUUAUUACAAUUGUACAUAUGACAUGACCGAUUUUGUCAUGAUUUGUUGACUAUAUUUACAGUUUUAUAAGUAACGGUGCUUUUUCUUGACUGCAAUAUCUCAUUGUGCAUACAGUAUUCUACCCUAAUUAUACCUGGUCCCCAAUAACUGAUAUCCUCAGAUACAAUCAGGGAAUAGAUUAAAUACCUCAAACACAUUUACUGUUAACACUAGAAAAAGUAUUACUUGAAUUACGCUUAUUUUAGUAACCUUGUGCACUCAACUUCAAUAAGCCUGUGUUUACUUUCCCUCUCAUGCCUCUCUGGCAUGUAUUUUCCACUGGAUCAAUUAUUUACAUCUGGUUUUGUUGACGUAUUAUCCAUUACUUUUUGGUGGAAUAAAAUAAUA